CAGUCAGAGACACGUCGUACACUUCCUACAAACAGACAUGUCUGCCCCCAGAGCGUAGAGAGAUAUCUUCUUGAUUUUACAGAGCUGGAUUCAACUCGAACAAAAUGGUUGUUACAGAUUCCUCCGACUCAGACACUAUCCUUCGUGUCAGAGGGCCGCUGGAGUUUAAAUGCCAGCUGGACAGCACAGAUGCACUGCUCAUUCAGAAAGUCAUCUCGAGAACAUUUGCGACGCUUCACUCUCAGGUGAAAUCUGAAUCCUGUGUCCUGACAGUCUGCGACAGUUCUCUUAUUAUUUGGCCAAACAAAGGGGUAUAUAUCACACCUGAAGAAAUAACUCCGAACACACUAUGUGAAGAUAUACAUCAAUGGAUUCAGACUGAUGAACAAGAGAGUGCUGGGAAGAGAUCCUCUAAAAAGAAAAACAAAAAAAGUUCAGCAGCGAGUGUCAUUAACCUUCGCCUGAUGAUGGAGGCGACAAAGACAGGCCCUCUUUCAGCACCAAUCCUCAGGAGAACACUGCAGAAAUCCCACUUCCUGUCUACAAUUCUUCCCAUGGACUGUGUGGUCCGUACCACCUGCAGCGACACAAUCAAAGAUGCCUUUGAGCGCCUGUUGGAGGCGCUGACUCAUCAGCUGUGUGAGAUGGAGAAAGUGACCCUGCAACACAUGAAGGGGGCCACACUGCUGGUACCUGAGCCGCUCCACUUCCUCCUUCCAGAACCCAAAGGACUGGUGACUGUGGUUUACCCUGCAGGAGUGCCUGACAGCCAACUAGAGAAACAUCGUAAGGAACUGCAUCAGCAGUUUGAGCUACCAGAUGACAGGCCUUAUUUUAGGAGAGUGAAUGCCUUCCACUUUUCCAAUGAGCACUACAAAGAUGGCUACCUCCGAAAUCCUCAUAUGGCCCUCACACAUCCCACGCUGGAGAACGGAAAGGUGUACUUGGUGCAGGGGAUCUACAGCUAUCACCACUACAUGCAGGAUCAUAUGGAUGACAACGGCUGGGGCUGCGCUUAUCGCUCGCUGCAGACUAUCUGCUCCUGGUUCACGCAGCAAGGCUACGUAGAGCGAGCCGUGCCCACCCACAGGGAAAUCCAACAGACUUUAGUGGAUGUUGGAGACAAACAGGGCUCCUUCGUUGGAUCACGGCAGUGGAUCGGCUCCAUUGAGGUUCAGCUUGUUCUGAACCAGCUGCUGGAGGUCACCUCAAAGAUCAUGUUUGUGAGUCAAGGCUCUGAGUUGGCAUCCAAGGGCAGAGAACUGGCCAACCACUUCCUGACUGAAGGGACUCCCAUCAUGAUCGGAGGGGGAGUGUUAGCUCACACUAUUCUAGGUGUGGCAUGGAGUGAGACCACUGGACAGAUCCGCUAUCUUAUCCUUGAUCCCCAUUACACAGGAGCGGAGGACUUACAGGUUAUCACAGACAAGGGCUGGUGUGGCUGGAAAGGACCAGAUUUUUGGGACCAAACUGCUUAUUAUAAUCUGUGUCUGCCUCAGAGGCCAAAAGUCAUCUGAGCUGUCAUAGCCUUUCAUACGGGCAUCAUCUAACAUUGGUAAAGCAUCUGUGAAACUUUAGAGUGACACUAUUAUCUGCUACUUUUACAGAAAUGUUUCCAGCUUUGCAAGUCACUUCUGUAAUGAUGUUAAAUUGUAAUGUAAUUCAUUUGAAUAGCUUUGGUCAUAUCCUACAUAAAGUAUUGUCUUAACACGAAUGGAAGAACUAAAGAUGGAUGUAAUUUCGUAUUGAAACAACAAAUUGAUUUAUUUAAUGUAAUCUACUUUCUGUACUUGCCAUUAUAGGAAAAAGGCUAGGCAAAUAUGAAUACCAGAUAGGGUCAUUAAAUCCGGUAUACAAUUCAUCAAAAUCAACAAAGUUUGAUCCUUUCUUACCAGUGCAUAAAACAGUAGAGAAAUGACUGAUUUUAUAAAUUAUUUAAAUGUACAUAACAUUUUGUCAUCAGUUGUUCUUAAUUCCUUAUUUAUUUGUUUCUAAGUAAAACAAGAGAUGAUCAAAAUGUGAUUCUAGCUUCACAUUUGAUACCUUGAAGAUUCUCUAUUUUACUUUUGAAUUGUAUAGACAUAAGAUAAUAGUUAUUUGUCAGCCCUAUUACAGACAACCAAAACAAAUAAAAAACAAAUAUCUGUUUUUCUAUUGACACCUAAAUUGAAGGAUUAUUGUUUUGUAUUAAUUAGUGAAAUAAAUAAAAUAUCUUUGCUAGUGAAUAUAUUGCAGUGAAAUUACACUAAUCCUCAUUUAGCUGAGGACCUUCUGGAAACAUUAAGGGACCCCCGGGCGCCCUUGGUCUUAUUCUAAGAACAACUUGAGUAGAGAAGAAGCUGUGCCUGAAUGCAGCAUGUCUGACACAGCCCAUUAUUAGAAAACAAUCAGUCCCUGUAAUUGAGUUUUCAUAACCAGCCAGUUGUCAGAGUCAAAUGGAUGCUUUCCUCUUCUCAACAGUACAUAAUAAAAUGUUGAAUUUUCUUUAAAAUCUGUUGAGCGUAGACCAGACAGUUCAUUUUUCAGAGACGUAUUGUCACUCUUUGUGAUUUCUUCUCCAUUGGCUGAUUGUAGUACGGGACGCCACAGAAUGAACCCCCAUUCAAUUCCCAUCUCUACCCAUCCUGCAUAGGCAUGUAAAUUCUAUGACAGUGACCAGACACAGGUUUAUACGAUAGAUUCACCCAAGUCCUAUUGUGCUAGGAUAUUGGAAUUUCAUUAGUGUGUGUCACUUCUAGCUCUAACAAUGUUAUUAAGAGAAAACCCGUGACAAAUUAUAAUGUCAGGGGACGCGCCUUCAGAUAAUCCCCUUUCUUGUUAAUGGGUAUGCACUAGGGGGAGCAGUUACUUUGGCAUAAUAGAUUUCCAAGGAAAAACUAGAUGACCUCUUGUCUGUUCCACUACUUGUUCUGAUUCUAGAUAUGUUUCAAUAGUUUAAACCUUUAGAUGACAGAGAAAUCACUGCUGUGUUUUUCUUUUCUUAAUGUGGUUACUCCUUAAUAUAGUGUCCUCUGUAUACUGUGCUUUCGAGUUGCUUAGUUUACCAGAUACUUUUGAAUUUAUACCUUUAGACUUUGUAUUGCCAAGUAGACUUAAACAAAUGUUUUGUCUUGGUGGUUUGGUAAAUAAAAAAUAAUCAGCUAAAUUAAAGAAACAUAAAUAUAGUCUAGAACAUUGUACAGUAAAAAUAUGAAAGAAAAAUGGUAUAUAUAAAUUAGCGUUUGGAUAUCAUUACAAAGAAAACUGUACUGGUUUAUAUAGAGUGUAUAUAGAAUUUAAUAAAAAGAAAACAAGUUUGAAACAUACAUUUUCAGGCGUUUCACCAGUAAAAACAAACAAACAAAAGUAUUUAAAGGUAAACUCCCAAAAAAAGAGUUGUCUUCUCAUCUGUGUUGAAAGGAGUACAGCAUACAUUUAAUGCAUUUCCUAGUCUUUAUACCAAUAAAAACAUUAUUCCAACCAAAUACAGAAGCAAGUUUAAUAAUUAUGCCCAGUGUGAUUCAUUCCAUCAUACUUUUCUAUAUUUAAAAAAAAAUAAAGGAACUCAAAUCUCUCUGUGUGAGAAAUCUCUUUAAAAUAGACUACCUUUUUUGUUUUUUUCUC